GACCGCCGAACCGCUCGAAAUGGCUUUGAAUCCCCGAGUUCGUUUCAUACCCCUAUGUGUUGCCAUACUGAUGCCUAUCACGUUCACCAUAUCUUUUAUGAUGGCGCGCACAGCCGGACACAUAAAUGGUUUCAAUUACAUAUCUGACACGGGGACUGUGCCUGCGGAGAGCUGCUAUUUCGGCCAGCUGCUCAAUAUCAUCGCUUUGCUCUUGGCGUGUACAACUUAUCACCUCUACCAGUUGGUUGACAAGGAGAACCGUCUCGAGAGGAUCUCUGUGUGGUUCGGAAUUACCGCGGGCAUCGGUGCAUCAUUGGUAGCCAACUUCCAGGAGUUGAACGUGCUCCUUAUCCACAUCGUCGGAGCUCUAUUAGCGUUCGGAGGUGGUGUCAUCUAUUUGUGGCUCAGAACUUUCGCAUCAGAUUUUCAAAGGAAGAUUCGAUGGCCGAUCUGUGUCUUGGCAUCGGUGUCUCUGCUGGCUUGCGCCAUUGCCGGUGCGAUAAGUCUCGCGAAAUACAAGCACGAGUUUGGAUGGAGAAUCUUGCAUUGGACAAUCGAAGACGGUGGCUAUGCCGCGCACGUUGUAUCCGUGGUUGCGGAGUGGCUGACUGCUAUAAGUUUGAUAUUCUACAUGAUCAGCCACUACUUCGAAAUGUGUGUUUUAAUAAACGCAGAUGUUUUGCCCUAA